AUGGCAUCGUGGCUCAAAGCCGCUGAAGAUUUAUUUGAAGUUGUUGAUCGAAGAGCAAAGCUGGUUGCCAGUGACAUAGUAGAAGAACAAUCUGAUUCCAAGUCUCCAGAAUUAGCUUCAAAUGGGCAAGGAUCUCAAGGCAAAAGGAAGAAAUCAGAAGCUAAGGCUCAAAAGAGACUGUCCGACCCAUCAACUAUAGUUAGUGAUACUACUAAGGAGACAAUUGGAUCUCCAGCAGCAACAUUGGAUGUAACAACUCCAAGCGAAAAAAUUGAUCCUGUAGCCGAACAUGAUGAGAGCGAUUCCAUUUCUACAAAUCAACCAAUGCAGCAGCAACCUACUGAUGCAAUAUCACCUAUAUUAGGAACUUCGUUGUCAAAAGGGCUAGCUAGUGAUACUGAUAAACAUGACACAGGUGAUGUGGAAGUCUUAGUAAAUGAUACUGCUGUUGAUGUUACUACUACUUCUGCAAAUAAUGAGCUUGGCAAAGAGAAUGCUUCAGAUAUUCAUGAAGCGGAUCCUUCUUCUUCUCCUAAAGGAAUUAAAGGCCCCGAUCACGAAUCUACGAGUACUGACCAAAUUAUCAAGGCUGGAGAUUUAGAUUCCAACCAAUAUAGGGAUCAAGAAAAAACUGAAUCUGUGGCUGAUGAUGUAGCUCCUAAUAGUGAUACUAUCCUUAAAGAUUCUGAUAUAAAAGCUGAACCUACUACGGUGAAUCAAAAGAGCCAAGAGGUUCAUAAAACUGACAUAUCCCCUGAAAAAGUACAGGAUCAUCUUGAAGAGGCCCAAGGAUUGCUCAAAACAACAAAAUCUACUGGUCAGUCUAAAGAGGCAAGGUUAGCUCGGGUUUGUGCUGGACUAUCAUCUCGCCUUCAAGAAUACAAAUCCGAAAAUGCACAGUUAGAGGAACUUCUUACUGCAGAGAGAGAGCUGAGUAAAUCAUACGAGGCUAGCAUAAAGCAGCUACAAAAGGAUUUGUCUGAAAGUAAAAAGGAAGUUACAAGAGUUGAGUCAAAUAUGGGUGAGGCCUUGGCAGCCAAAAAUGCUGAAAUCGAGGCAGUUCUAAGCUCUGUUGAAGCAGUUAAAAGGCAGGCUGCAUUGUCAGAAGGAAAUCUAGCUUCCCUGCAGGCAAACAUGGAGUCUAUGAUGAGAAAUCGGGAACUAUCAGAGACACGGAUGAUGCAGGCUCUAAGAGAGGAGCUAGCAUCUGUUGAGCGAAGAGCAGAAGAGGAGCGUACUGCACAUAAUGCUACCAAAUUGGCUUCCAUGGAAAGAGAAGUGGAAUUGGAGCAUAGAGCAGUUGAGUCAUCUACAGCUCUUGCGAGGAUACAGAGAAUAGCAGAUGAAAGGACAACAAAGGCCACAGAACUUGAGCAGAAGGUGGCACUCCUCGAGGUUGAAUGCUCAUCUUUAAAUCAAGAACUACAAGAUUUGGAAGCCCGUUUGCGCCGGGAACAAAAAAAAUCACCAGAAGAGGCAAAUCAAGUAAUUCAGAUACAGGCAUGGCAGGAAGAAGUGGAGCGUGCUCGUCAGGGUCAGAGGGAAGCUGAAAACAAAUUAUCUUCUUUGGAGGCUGAACUACAAAAAUUGAGAGUUGAAAUGGCUGCAAUGAAGAGGGAUGCUGAGCAUUAUUCACGUCAGGAGCAUACGGAGUUAGAGAAACGUUAUCGGGAACUGACUGAUCUUUUGUACUACAAACAAACACAAUUAGAAACCAUGGUCAGUGAAAAAGCUGCUAUAGAGUUUCAGUUGGAAAAGGAAAUUAAGCGUCUUAAGGAAGCACAGGCAGAGACCGAAAGAAGUAGAGUUCCUCGUCGAGCAUCAUCAACUUGGGAAGAUGAGAGUGAUAUAAAAGCCCUGGAGCCUCUUCCUUUGCAUCACCGUCACUUGGCUGGUGCAAGUGUUCAGUUGCAGAAAGCAGUUAAACUGCUAGAUUCAGGGGCAGUGAGAGCCACAAGAUUCCUCUGGCGUUAUCCAACAGCUCGAGUUUUUCUAUUUUUCUAUUUGGUGUUUGUACAUCUCUUCUUGAUGUAUCUCAUGCAUCGGCUUCAGGUUCAGGCAGACAGUAUGGCUGAUAGAGAAGUUGCAGAAUCUAUGGGACUUACUAACCAGAGUUUACCAUGA